AUGGAGGCGCAGGAGGAUUUCGCGCUGGCGCUGCAGCUCCAGGAGUUGUGGGAAGCGGAGGAAAAGGAGGCGGCCGCGGCGGCAGCAGCAACAGCAGUGGCGGCGUGUUCUGAAGUGUCGCCGGACCCCUCGCCCUACCGCCCGCUGUCGGUGGUGGACGAGGCCUGGGAGCUGCUGGACCCCAGCCCCGACGUGCAUGGCCUCUUCGUGCAGUUCAACGAGAUGCUGUUCUGGGGACGCCUGGCGGCUGUCGAGGUCUCAUGGAGCCCACGCAUGACCCUCUGUGCUGGAGUGUGUCGGUAUGAAGGAAGAGGUGGAAUGUGUUCCAUUCGUUUAAGUGAGCCACUCCUAAAGCUGAGACCAAGGAAGGAUCUCAUUGAGACACUACUGCAUGAAAUGAUCCAUGCCCUGCUUUUUGUUACUAAUAACGACAAAGAUCGUGAAUCUCAUGGACCGGAGUUCUGCAAACACAUGCGUCGCAUUAAUCGCUUGACGGGAGCCAAUGUCACAAUCUAUCAUAGUUUUCACGAUGAGGUGGAUUCCUACCGUCAGCACUGGUGGCGAUGCAACGGCCCCUGUCAAAAUAGAAAGCCUUACUUUGGAUAUGUGAAACGCUCCAUGAAUAGAGCACCCUCUGCACGAGACUUCUGGUGGGUCGAGCAUCAACAGACAUGCGGGGGGACAUUCACAAAAGUGAAGGAGCCAGAGAACUUCAAGAAAUCCAAAGAGAAAACUCAGCCCACGAAACUUCUAGAUUCUGAGUCCACUAACAAAGGCAAGUCACAAACGUGUCUGACGCCCUUCAGUGGAAAGGGAUAUCGGCUUGGAGAAGGAGAUAGUGGACUCUCAGGGAAAAGCACAAAUUCCAGCAUUAGUGUCAGAACCAGUCAAACACCUGCUGCAGAGCAUCGUUCAGUAGGGACAGUACCAAUCCCUAAAAAUGAGAUAAAAUUUGAAAGAUCACCCCGAAGUGGCACUUUCUUUCCACUUUAUGCUGAUGAUGCCAGUAAGAAAAUCAACCUAGCUUCAAAGCGUGAGUUCCCAAAACUUUCUGUCGCUAGUACAAAAGCUUACAGGAAUGUUGGUGGAUCACCUGUCAAAAUUGCUCGUGUUAUGGAAGAAAGAUCAAACCAAGAUUCUGUAAAUGGCAGGAGAGUCACACUGCCACCAGAACAAAUUUGUCUUCAGCGUACAACAACGGGUCAGGUUGCAGCCGAGAAGAAAAGCUCUGAACGUACUAACACGCCACACCAGUGGCCAAAGAUGGAAGACAAAAUGGCCUUUGAAAACUAUUUCGUUAAAAAAGGGAGUACUGAUGUCUCUUUAAGUGUAAAUUCACCUAUGAAAACCAGUGCUGAAUCCACAGUGUCCUCAGCGAAUUGCAGCACUGCUGCAAGGCAGGAUAAAAAAGUCCGUUGUCCUGUUUGCCAGGCUGAGGUUUUGGAGCCUAAAAUAAAUGAACAUCUGGACUCUUGUCUUGCAUAAAACUUCUCAGAAAGCUGUCUCAUAAACAAGGGCUCAAAACAUUGCUUUAAAACUACUUUGCUCAGGGUUUACUUAGCCAUGUGCCUGUUCUGAACUGGAAUUUGAACUAGUCAGCAUGCUGAACCACAAGUUCUGUGGAGCUGCACAUCAGCACUGACAAGGAAGCAAGCAAACUUGUGUUUUGAUGGGUGGA